CAACGGAAACAACGUGCGUUUUGUUUACUCUGCAAAAUUUUGAAGAAAUUUGACAAAAAACAAGUCAAAAAUGGUGCCAGAAGGCGAAGAUUACAUUCCGUUGGAGAAUGCAAACAAACCGGCGCGACGUCAAAGCAACGGCAAUCAAUUUGCCGCACGUGAAGGAGACUGGCCAUGCGAUUGCGGCAACACAAAUUUCGCCUGGAGAGGCGAAUGUCACAAAUGUAAGAAGCCCCGACCCGGCGGAGUGCCUGCGAAUGUCGCAAAAAAGCCCGCAGCGCGUGGCAUUUCAUCAAGUUUGAACAAAUCGCGUGACAAUUCCAAGGGAAAUGAUCGAGAUUGGACCUGCGAAUGCGGAAAAAGUAAUUUUGCACGCAGAAAUGAGUGUUUCAAAUGCAACAAAAGCAAACCCGAAGGCGGAACAAACAAAAAAUUCACAAAUCCCAAUGCUCGGGAGGGAGAUUGGAGUUGUGAAUGCGGCGCAAAUAACUUUUCACGACGAACGGAUUGCUUCAAAUGUGCCAAAAAACGACCCGGAGGCUUUCAAAAAGGUGCUAAUAACAGAAAUUCGGGAUCUCGCGACAGUUCAAACGUUCGUGAAGGAGAUUGGACCUGCGAUUGUGGCGAAAGUAACUUUGCUCGACGUGCCGAAUGCUUCAAAUGCAAAAAAUCCCGUCCCGGAGGCGUUCCUAAAAGUCCCAAUAAAGGUCCUCGUGACAAUUCGAACGUUCGUGAAGGAGACUGGACCUGCGAUUGUGGCGAAAGUAACUUUGCUCGACGUGCCGAAUGCUUCAAAUGCAAAAAAUCCCGUCCCGGAGGCGUUCCUUCUCCCAAAAAACCUUCGAAAAAACCACAAAAAGACACUCCCGCAUCCGAAAUUAACCGCAAAGCGCGUCUCAUCGUGCGAAAUUUGCCUUUCAAAGCCAAAGAAAGUGACCUGAAGAAGCAUUUCGCUCCCUAUGGCGACAUCGAAGAAGUCUGCAUGCUCAAACGACAAGACGGAAAGUUGGUUGGAUGUGCCUUUGUGCAAUACAAAAAAGUCAAUGACGCCGUAAAAGCUGUCAAAGAGACAAAAAAUAAGAAAUUCAUGGAUCGCCCGUUGCGAGUCGAGUUCGCGUUAAGCAAACAAGAUUACGCGAAGAAAAAAGGACUCAAAACUGAAGACGACGACGAACAAAAAGUCAAAAAAGAAGUCGUGAAGAAGGAAGAAAAGGAUCCGGAUGACGAAGAAAAGCCCGUAAAAAAAGGUCCUCGUCGCUCAGCGAACGAUGCGGGCGAUGGCAGAACACUUUUCAUCAAAAAUCUCCCGUUUGACACGACAGACGAAGAACUCGGGCAAAUUAUGUCGCAAUUUGGCAUGCAAGAGUACGCCUUGACGAAUCGCGAACCGAUUUCGGGUCAUUCCAAGGGAACUGGGUUCGUUCGUUUUCGCACAAAGGAGUCGGCGGAUUUGUGUUUGCAGAAUUCCGGCAAAAUUCAAGUCAAGGAUUUCACGUUGGAUGUUUUUCCUGCCAUGAGUCGCAAUGAGGCGAAGCAAAAGCACGAGGAAGACAAGAAAAAAGAGCCGAAAGACUCGAGAAAUUUGUAUCUCGUGAAGGAAGGCGUUAUUUUGGCAGGUUCGAGUGCUGCAGAGGGCGUUUCCGCUUCCGACAUGCAAAAAAGACUUCAUUUGGAGAAAAUUAAGGCGCAAUGGUUGAAAGAUUUGAAUCGAUUUGUGGCAAGAGAUCGCUUGACAAUCCAUAAUUUGCCCGAAAAGUACGACGAUAAAAAAUUAAAAGGCAUGGUGAUCCAACAAACGGGCGAAACUCCGAAAGAAUGCAAAGUGAUGCGCGAAAAUAAACCAUCAAAAGACUUUCCGGGAGGCAAUAGCAAAGGAUUUGGCUUUUUAUCCUUCGAAACACACGAAAUCGCAUUAAAAGUCUUGCGAAAAUUGAAUAAUAAUCCAAAUAUUUUUGGAAAAAACAACCGCCCAAUCGUCUCGUUCAGCAUCGAAGACAAAAAAGCGAUCAAUUUGAAGCAAAAACGACUCGAAAAAUCACUUUUGAACAACCCGACGUACCAAGCAAAGCUCGAAAAAGAGAAAAAUCCCGACGAAAAACCCAAAAAGAAGGCAGAAGAAAAUUUCCCCGGCAAAUUUGUGCUGUUGAAACGCCCCGCAGACGACGAUGAUGACACAAACGAAAACCCGAAAAAGAAGAAGAAAACAGAAGAUGCGGAUUUCGUCGGAUUAGAAGCUAAAGAAGGAGUUACCCGGAUGCGAUCUCGGUCGAAACUCGAUGCUCAAGCACAAAAACACGCAGAAAACACACACAAACUCAAAAAACAACAAAAACGCUUAAAACUACAGGAGGAAAUCCGCAAGGAAAAGCAAGAAAUCGGGCGAACGAAGAAGAAAAAGGUCGAAAAAGACGACAACUUUGGCGAACUUUUCACAGAAUACAAAAAUUUAUUCAAAGCAGCGACGAGUACAGAUAAAGAGGUUGUCAAGAAGAAGAAACAAAAAUGGCAUGAAGGCGUCGGAGAGAAUUAAAAAUACAUUUUUAUAGCAAAAAACUGUUUUAUUAUAUGAAAAAGUUGUGAGAAAAGCGAAAAAAAUAAAAAAAAGUUGAAAUAUUAAAAAAUUAAAACAAAAAAAUUUUUUUUGAAAGACGUUCAAGUGCCAGGCAGAGUUCUACAAAUCUUAAGAGCUAUUUUCUAAAUUUCUACGUUAUUGUAUGUGGUUACGUAUUUGC